AUUAAUCGUAAUAAAUAUCUCAGCUGCAUAUUAUAUUGCCAUCAAGAAUCCCCAUUCCACUUAGAGUGCUGACCGCGGAUGGCCCCGAACCCAUAAGUCAAACUAACUAGGCUUUGCUGGUGCUGAUUAUUACUAUUACCACCUCGCACCACCAAAUCCUAUUUUCUCCCCCCUCAUUUCCUCCUAUCUCUCUCUCUCUCUCUCUCCGUGUGUCGAACCCCGUCCUUUUCUUCUGUCCUGGAUACAUCAUCGGGAUUAUGCAACUGUCCCCUGCGUGUGCUCGCCUUCCGUCUCUGUCGCGUUCCAUCGCGACCAGACAGCUCUAGCCCCCCGAAUCCAUCAUCCUUCCUGAUCUCUCCAACUCCUCAACACACGACCUCUGCUGAUGGCGGUCCAAUCUAUCAUGCACCUCCUCGCCUCGUCCGGUUUGCUCCUGGUGAUUGUGUUGGCCAUGAUUAUUCAGCCCAUUCGAGCCAACUACUGCCAGUUUUGGAGCCCCGAUUGUAUUGAUCCUCUCGCCCAAACCGCCGUCCCUUUCAACUUCGAACCGCUUUAUCCUGACCCUUUGUAUCUCUUCUACGCUUUCGAUGCUUCUACCGAUGGUUCCACUGGCCAGCCGGUAACCAAGACCAGCUUCUGGCUUCGCUACGGCGGCACUCGCGUCAACAGAGUAGCCAUUAAUGGCAAUCGCACCUUGGAAAUUGCAAUGCGCGUCGGCAAUCUCACUGGCUAUCCAGCUGGAGGUCACAAUGCUUGCGAAUACGUUCUGGGUUCCCAAUGCACCGAGACCAUCACCCAGACGCUGCAGUAUGGCAUCUACGGGCACAUCCUGUCUGGGCAGAACUAUACGAAUCCCCUAGCGACGAUUUUGACUCAGAUGCAGAUGUAUACGCCUGCGAAUUUCUCAUGUUCACCCUACUUCUUCGAUGUUCAAUCAUUCCCGGCGAUCUCGUUCGCCUCAGAAAUCUCCUCCCCGCAAUCCGUUGAGAUGCAAAGCUCCGGCUCCACGAAUUCCCCCUGGGCGACGUGGUAUACACACGACCUUACUUCUGCCAGCCAAUCCGAUCAGGUAGCCGUGGCUAUUGUCAGUCGAAGUCCGGCCUACGGUUGGACAACACCUCCCAGUCUUAGCGACAUUCAGGUCGAGCUUGUCUGCAUCCAAGCCCCGUCAUGA